GUUCGGUGAUGUCACUUCCGUCCGCCAUUUGACUUGACGGGGCGGCGCCAUGACGGACCGCUACACCAUCCACAGCCAGUUGGAGCACCUCCAGUCCAAGUACAUCGGGACGGGCCACGCCGACACCACCAAGUGGGAGUGGCUGGUGAACCAGCACCGCGACUCGUACUGCUCUUACAUGGGCCACUUCGACUUGCUCAACUACUUCGCCAUCGCCGAGAAUGAGAGCAAGGCGCGCGUCCGCUUCAACCUCAUGGAGAAGAUGCUGCAGCCCUGCGGGCCGCCCGCCGACAAGCCCGACGAGUCCUAACCCUGCGCCCUGCCCGCCGGCACCGGCCUCGCUGUGACUCCGCACGCCGCGGGGAGAUGGAGGGAGUCGCCUCGUCCUCUUGUCCGCGUCCUGUGUUCGGCGAAGAGUGUUGGAGGGAGAAGGAAGCUCUGUAAAACGCCCGCUCUUGGACACUUUGGUUUCUCUUAGUUGCACAGAUGUUUGCCCUUUGUUUUUUUAAUGGGAAAUAAAAUCUACUGGGCAUUUCUAA